AUGUUCGAGGCGAAGAUUCGGGCGCGCAACCAAAAGGCGCGAGCGACGACUGCGGCGGUCGCGGCGGUGAGCAGCAAGAGCGAGGCGAAAGGGAAGGCGAAGCGCGGUCGUAUGGAUGAAUUUUACGGCGAGGAUGGACAAGCAGCAAGGCGGGCGGUCAACGAGGCGAUUGUCCUCUACCUCGCUGAGACGCGCACGCCGGAGUCUCUGUGCGAGCACCCGCUCUUCCUCAACAUGCUGCGAGCUGUCACCGCUGCCGGCCCAAACUACGUCCCCCCCACGCGUCACUACGCGGUCGACUGCAAGGCGGUGACGAAGAGUGGCAAGUUCAUCGCCAGCGUACUGCGGCCGAUCAUCGAGCGCAUCGGGGCGGAGCAUGUCGUGGCGCUGUGCACGGACGGCGGCAGCAACUACAAGAAGGCUGGAAAGCUGCUGCGGAAGGAGUGGCCGCAUCUCGAAAUCGUUCCCUGCGCGACGCACGUGCUGGACCUGCUGAUGGAGGAAGUGGGCAAGAUGGAGUGGGCGCAGGUGGUCGUGACCCAGGCUGACAACAUGAUCUCUUUCGUGCGGGGACACCAGUGCAUGCGCGCCUUCCUGCGCGGCCGGGAGCUGCACGGCGAGAAGAAAUCGCUGCCGCUUACGGCGAUGGUGACGCACAAGGAUUGGCCGGAGAGGGGGGGGAGCACGGUUACAGGAGCGGAUUUUGACGGGUGGGUGAUGGACCAGGGGAGGUGGAAGAAGGUGGACGUCAACCUGCAGGUGAUGGAGCUGUUCUACAAUGUGAUGCGGCGGACGGAUUCAGAGGCGAAGGGGAUGAUGGGCCAGCUGUACGACAUCAUGCUGCAGCUGACAGAGGAGUUGGAUAAGCUGCUGGAGGGGAGGGAGUGCAAGCUGAAGUCGGCGGAUAAGGAGAAGGUGCGGGAGCAUUUGAGGAGGCGUUGGGACGAGAGCUUGGCUUGCCCCCUCCACGUGGCAGGCCGGAUCUUGUACCCGGCGAACCAGGAGGAGGGAAUCUUCCUGCAGGAUGCGGAGUGCACCAAGGUCAUGCAGGAGUGGCUGGAGCGACAGAAGGCGUUCGUCGACAAGUACUGGAAGAAGUACCGCGGCAAGAAGGGACCGGUGAGGCCGCUGCAUGAGGGGGUGACGGCCUACAUCAACGGCGAAGGAGGAUUCGGCACACAGACCGUGAUCGAUGGGCGUGGGGAGAUUCAGCUGGGGAAGGGGAACGUGAUGUUGUGGUGGCAGUACAAUGGAUGGGAGUACGCCGUCCUGGCGCGCAUUGCGCGGCGCACGCUGUCCCAGGCCAUUUCCGCUUCCCCGUGCGAGCGGGGCUGGUCUACAUGGGAUGGCGUGCACACGGCGCGCAGUAACAGGCUUGGGUUGGCGAAAGUGCGCAACCUUGUGUACAUUGCGCACAACUGGAAUGUUGCGCACAAGUUCCACAAGGAUGCGGAAGCGGGGCCUAGCGUGGGGUACAAGUUGGAGGAGGAUGGGGAGGUGGAGGCGGACGAGGACGACGUGUGCCUCGAUGAGUGGGCGGAGCAGGAGGAGCUGGAGAAGGAAGGGGAGGAAGAGGAGGAAGAGGAGGAGGAGGAGGAGGAUGAGGAGGAGGAGAGUUAG